CACUGCCGCCGGCUUCACGCUGCUCAGCCUGAGCUGCACACAGCUAGCACACAGCUAGCACACUGCUGAAGAGGAACCCACCUGAACCUAAAGGCAUCAUCAUUCCAGUCAGCACACCAUGGCUGGCUUCAGACAAGAGGAUGUGGAGUUGUUUUAUGAAAUGGAAGAGGAGCUGGGCAGCGGACAGUUUGCCAUCGUUCGUAAAUGUAAAGAGAAGAGCACAAGUAUCGAGUACGCAGCCAAGUUCAUCAAGAAGCGCCGGCUGUCGUCCAGCCGGCGGGGGGUGAGCCGGGAGGAGAUCGAGCGUGAAGUCAACAUCCUGCGGGAGAUCCAGCACAGCAACAUCAUCACCCUGCACGACAUCUUUGAGAACAAGACUGACGUGAUCCUGAUCCUGGAGCUGGUGUCCGGAGGAGAGCUGUUUGACUUCCUGGCUGAGAAGGAAUCUCUGACGGAGGAGGAGGCCACCCAGUUCCUAAAGCAGAUCCUGGAUGGCGUUCAGUAUCUACACUCCAAACGCAUCGCUCACUUCGACCUCAAGCCGGAGAAUAUCAUGCUGCUGGACAAGAACGUCCCUAACCCCAGGAUCAAGCUGAUUGAUUUUGGGAUUGCGCAUCAGAUUAAAGCAGGAAACGAGUUCAAGAACAUUUUCGGAACACCAGAGUUUGUCGCUCCAGAAAUAGUCAACUAUGAGCCUCUUGGACUGGAGGCGGACAUGUGGAGCAUCGGAGUAAUCACAUACAUCCUACUGAGUGGUGCUUCACCGUUUCUGGGCGAGACCAAGCAGGAGACCCUGACAAACAUCUCAGGUGUCAACUACGACUUUGAUGAAGAGUAUUUCAGUAACACCAGUGAGCUGGCAAAGGACUUCAUACGACGUCUGCUGGUCAAGGAUCCUAAGAAGAGAAUGACAAUUGAUGACAGCCUUGAACACCCCUGGAUUAAGGUGAUUAAGAGGCGAAAUGUCCGCCAGGAGGAGAGAGACCACAAGACCGAGCGCCGCCGCCUGAAGACCACUCGUCUGAAGGAGUACACCAUCAAGUCCCACUCCAGCAUGCCCCCUAACAACACCUACGUCAACUUUGAGCGCUUCUCCCAGGUCCUCGAGGAGAUCGCGGUGGCGGAGGAAGGCCUGAGGGACCUGGAGCGCAACCAGCGCUCGUGCCGGGAGGACGUGGCGGCGCUGUUGUCCAUCUAUGAGGAGAAGGAGGGCUGGUACAAGGAGGAGAACCAGAGCAUCUCCAGCGACCUGAGCCAAAUCCGCCAAGAGCUGCAGCGCACCCAAGCCCAGCGCAAGAAGAGCCAGGAGGAGACCCGGCUCACCAUGCAGGCCGCCAACAUCCUCAAGCGCAAGUACGGGCGCCUGGAAAACCGCUACGAGGCCCUGGCCGAGCAGGUGGCCUCUGAGGUCCGCUGGGUGGAGGAGCUGGUCAAGUCCAUAUCGGCAGAGAAGAACGUCCUCGGCAGCAGCAUGCCCUGAGUCGGAUCUGACCUCCAACAAUGACACUUUGAUUCUCAAGUAUCCUCCGGCCGUCUGCACGCGUCCCACACAGUCCGGUUUGAGCGGGUCAGCUGUCAUCAUAAGCUAUUCUGCUGCUGCCCAUUGGGAAAGAUGUUCCACCAUUUUUAUAUUUCACGCUUCAGAGAACCAGCAAGACGCAGAGAGGCAAUAUGUUGAAACCAUUCCCCAUGAAAAGAAUCAUUCCUCUGUUUUAUAAGUUUAUUUAUAAUUUUUUUUGAUUUUACGUACUGUUAUGUUACUAUUAAUCCAAAGUUUGCAACUAUAUUGCCUUUUUUGUUUUGCAAUUUUUCUUAGCCUGGUUCCUUUAAAAAAAAAAAAAAAAA